UCUCUCUCUCUCUCUUUCUCUCUCCCAUGGAAGACAUAGAAGAUUUGGUAGUGGGAACUGGUGCUCCUCCUGGGUUUCGACUGCCAUUGACUGCUGUUGGAGUAAACCUCAAGAAGAAGAAGAGCAAUAAGCUCUCUCAAACCUCUCCCUCUCCAAAAAUCCCUGGCACUCAGACAAUAUAUAUUAAGACCUUUGGGUGCUCACACAACCAGAGUGAUAGUGAAUACAUGGCUGGUCAGCUGUCAGCAUUUGGUUAUUCGAUCAGUGACAAUCCUGAAAGUGCAGACCUGUGGCUGAUAAAUACAUGCACAGUUAAAUCCCCAAGUCAGUCUGCCAUGGAUACUUUAAUAGUGAAAUGCAAAAGUGCAAAAAAGCCCCUAGUGGUCGCUGGGUGUGUGCCACAAGGAAGUCGAGACUUGAAAGAGCUAGAAGGGGUCAGUAUAGUUGGAGUCCAGCAAAUUGACCGUGUGGUUGAAGUUGUGGAAGAGACCCUUAAAGGUCAUGAGGUGCGGCUUUUGAACCGCAAGACAUUGCCAGCGCUUGACCUCCCAAAGGUGAGAAAGAACAAAUUUGUUGAGAUUCUUCCAAUUAAUGUUGGUUGUUUAGGUGCUUGCACUUAUUGCAAGACAAAGCACGCUCGUGGUCAUUUAGGUAGCUACACGACUGAUAGCCUCGUCGGCCGUGUAAAAUCUGUAAUAGCUGAUGGAGUUAAGGAGAUAUAGUUGAGCAGUGAAGAUACUGGAGCUUAUGGUCGUGACAUUGGGGUCAAUCUUCCAACUUUGUUAAAUGCUAUUGUUUCUGAGCUUCCUCCUGAUGCAAGCACAAUGCUUCGGAUUGGGAUGACAAACCCUCCUUUUAUUCUUGAGCACUUGAAAGAGAUAGCAGAGGUUUUGCGUCAUCCAUGUGUAUACUCGUUUCUACAUGUACCAGUUCAAUCAGGGAGUGAUGCUGUUUUGAGUGCGAUGAAUCGUGAAUAUACUGUGAGUGAGUUUAGGACUGUGGUUGAUACCUUGACUGAGCUUGUUCCUGGGAUGCAAAUAGCAACUGAUAUCAUAUGUGGAUUUCCUGGUGAAACGGAUGAGGACUUUGCGCAAACAAUUAGCCUUAUUAAGGAGUACAAGUUGCCUCAAGUUCAUAUAUCUCAGUUUUAUCCUCGACCAGGGACACCUGCUGCAAGGAUGAAAAAAGUCCCAAGUACUCUCGUGAAGAAACGAAGCCGUGAGUUGACCUCUGUUUUUGAAGCUUUCAUGCCAUAUGAUGGAAUGGAGGGCAGAAUAGAAAGAAUAUGGAUAACUGAAAUUGCAACCGAUGGAAUUCACUUGGUUGGACAUACCAAGGGGUACGUGCAGGUGCUAGUGAUUGCUCCAGAAAGUAUGCUGGGAACUUCAGCUAUUGUGAAGGUAACAUCUGUGGGAAGGUGGUCAGUCUUUGGAGAAGUGAUCGAGACCAUCAACCCCAUGAAUGUUAAAUCAGCUUCAAGAAAGGAUAUUUCUAGCCAGGAUAAAUGUUCUCCUUGCUCUGACCCUAAUGAAUGUGCAUGUACUAGAGAGCCAGAAGCUUGUGCUUCGUGUGGACCAGAAAGCUGUGGAGCACAGACUACCUUAGAGGAAAGUGCUGCUUCAAGGAAUCCCACGUUUCCGGAAGACCCACAUAGCAGAAAUCUGAUCGGAUGGUUGCUAAGGAAGCGGAAGAACCAUGUGCCCAAAAGAGUGGAGGGUGAAAUUGCGUCAGGAUCCAAGAAAAAGCAAGAAUGGGCCCGAGGAAGCAUGGGUGAGUGGGGUGUUGUCGAUAAGGCUCUUCUGGGUGGAAUGCUUGCGAGUUUCUUUACAAUCAUGGCUUUACUGAUUCAUCUUGGAGUGAGGACUCUGUCAUCCAACUAAAGAAUGUAGAUUGUAUUUGUCCCUUUCUUUGGGAGCAUCAAAGAAAGAUUGCCAAAAAAUUCUUUUCUUUCAAUGAUUUUUUUGGAAGUCAAUUCUGUUAUAUGAUUUUUACCAUGGAUAGUUCUGAUGCGUGUAAGUUGAUUAAUCGUACCAUACUCUUGAAUGCUUUUCCUGUCGUCUCCUUGAGAACGGUUGAGAUUUUGUUUGAUUAUGCACCUUGUAGCAACAUAUAGAUUUAUAAAAUCU